UCUGUGCCCUCAUCUUCUCCAAUCUCCCUCAUUGUGAUCCCCACCGCCUGCCCCAUUAUGACUCAGUUUUCCCCUCCCCCUUCAGGGGGAGUUUGUCUCCUAGUGAGUAUGUGGGGGCUAAGGGACUCCAGGUACUCCUAGGACCCCAGGCCAUGGGUGAGCAAGCCUACUAUGGAGCCCAUGUAUGUAUGCUCCGGAACCAACCCCAGGAAAUGCCAGGAUUUAGGAGACUCGAUUCUUCUGCUGCUGGGCAGCUUCAUCUUGCUCAACGUGGGACUCAAUGUGGUGACUCUGCUCUGGAGAAAUCUGAAGGGCUCCUUGAGGAUUCUUGUCCGUCAUUUUUUCUGUCAAGACAAGGAGCCCAGCAGGCCUGCAGGCACGCACUGCACUGCGGAUCCCAAGGCCCUGUGCUCAAGAGUCUCUUCCCGCGUCCAUUGUCACACCAGCAACCUGCUCAGGCGCACUAACCACCGUGACUCCUGGAUACCAGACGGCGAAAAGGCUUCGAGAUGCUGCAGGAUGCCACCUCAAUGUGGACAAGCCAGGGUUCCUUCAGAGGCUCCAGGGAGACUGGGGAAGGAGGGAGCUGGGGAAGCCCCUCAGGUCACAGCCUUGAAGGACCGUGCCUCCUUGCUCUCCAGGACAGAGAAUUCCUCCCAGGUCCGGAAGAUGAACAAGCUGAACAUGGUUUCACUCUCUUUGCCCCAAGAGAGCAAGACUAAGGCCCCAGAUCAUGGCCUGACCCGUGCUGCUCCUAAGGCCAAGUCCUACCCUUCAGCCCAUACCUCAACAGUCCACAUUCCACCCCCUAUGCCACCCCCCACCCCAGAGCCUAUACCAACCCACGUCUUACCCCCUGCCCCACCCCCCAGUCCUAUCCAUGCCUCUACCUCAGCCCCUACCCUGGCUGACAGCCAAGCCCAGGCCCCAGACCUAGCUCCUGCCCCAAUCUGUGCCUCAACCCCUACUCCAGCCCCGGCCCCAGCCCCUGAGCACACCCCUGAGCAGUCCCUGCCCCACAAUUGUGAGAACAUCCCAGCCCACACCACACCACAGGUGGGUUGGGAUGAGACCCUUACCUCAGCCCACUCCAAGGGCCAUGACCCAGUUCACACUUCAACACAGGCCUGUACCCACACCCAGGGCCACAUCCCCAAGCACACAUCAGCCCCAAAUUCAGGACACUCUCUAGCCGGUUCUCACCUGACCCAUUCCUGUGCCCAUGCUUCAGUUCCCGCCCCAUCCUCCACCCUGGCCCCUCCCCCAACUUUUGUCCCAGCCCCUCCGAACAUCUCCCACAUUCAAGCCCCUGUCCCCGGGUGUCCCUUGACCUCCACUCCAGCAGGGACUGUCCCUGCCACCACCUCUACUUCUGUCAUAACUCUUAUUCCUCCUCCUCUGGCUGCCUUCAGCCCCAGCUACUCCACUGGCCAUGUGGUCUAUGAUGCCCGCAGAGUAAAGCAGAACAUCUUGCAUAAGUGCAAUGCCCAGAACUCUGGAUAUUCCAGAAGAGACUUGGGUACCCUCCCCAAGCCCCAAGAGAGGCACAUUCCGGUGAGUCCUAGUAUAUCUGAGCAGACUUCAAAGCAAAACAUGGCGGAAAGUGCGGAGCCUUCUGUAGAAUCUAUAGCGGGCUACCUAGAGUUGGGGAAUAUGGAGUGGAAGGCUUCAGAAGACACCAAAGAGAAACUCUGGCAGACUAAGACCUUCCCUUACUAUAGCUUCCAUCCUUGCAAUUCUGAGAGGAAAAACACAAGCUCUAAGGCGUCAGUGUACCCUAAAUUCCUGAUCUAUACACAGGACGCUGCCCCUUCUACACACUGCUUGCACUCUCCAGCCACUGCCCAGAGCUCACUGCCCACACCUACUCCGUCAUGUACUCUCUCUCUGCCCCUUGUUUCUCCCAAGGCCUUCGUCCUAACUCAGUCCACCAAUCACCAAAAGCCCUCCAAUGUAACACAACCGCCCUCCUUUCUUCCAACCACCAAAUCAUCUCAAUCGGUCCCCUCUUCCCAUAUCCCCAACCCUCCCCAGCUCUCCGCCAUUUUCCAGUCCUUGAUCCAACCCCAACGCCCUGAACUUGGUGAUAAUCAAGAUCUAACUCAAUAUGCUGACCUCCAAAUGACUCCAUGCCUUUCAAAAGACUUGAGAGUUUCCAGGAACCCAAGCCCUACCCAACACCCAGGCCUCAACAAGAACAUAAGCCUUACACAAGAUCCAGGCCUCUACAAGAAUCCACAUCUCGCUCAAAAUCUAGGGCUCCAAAAGUUCCCAGGCCUUUCUCAAGACCCGGAACACUGCAAAAACCUGAGCCCUUCCCAAGACACUGGUCUUCACAAGAAUCCAAGCACUGGCUCCCAAAAGAGCCCAGGUCCUUCUCAAAAUGCUAGUGUUAUUAGGAUCCCAUGUCUUACCCAACCCUCUGGACUCCAGAACAACACCCUAUUUACCCAAACUUCCAACCUUCAGAAAACUUCAGACUUUAUACAAGACUCUGGAGUCAGUAGGAAUGCUCAACUUAUCCAAGACACUGUGGCCAACAAAAGUCAAGGCCUCUCCCAAGUAACUGAUCUCCAAAAGGGGCCAGGCCCUUGUCAAGAUUCUGGAGGUAACAAGAAUACAGGCAAUAUCCAAGAUCCAGGAGCCCAUGGGAGCAUAGGCUUUAUGCAAGAGUCUAGAACACAAAAGAAUCCACCAUGUCCCAUCCAAAACACUGAAGUCAACAAAAAUUCAGGACUUAUCCAGGAAUCUGGAAACUGCAGGAAUCCAGACCUUGUCCAAACCUCUGGCCUCCAUAAAGUCUCAGGCCUCACACAAGACUCAGGAGACUGUAAGAAUUUAAGCCAUACUGGAGUCAACAGAAUCCCAGGUUUUAUCCAAAAUUCUGAUUGCCACAUGAGUACAACUGUUCCCCAAGCCACUGAAGUAGAAAAAGCCAAUUUAACCCAAGAUGUUGGAGCUUUCAGGAGCACAGAACAUGGCCAAGAUUCUAACCUCCACAAGUGCUCAGGAAUUCGUCAAGAUCCUGGCCCUCACAAGGAUCUAGCAGUUGGCCAAAACUCUAGCCUCCCCAAGAUUCCAGGCCUUUCUGAGAAAUUUGGCCUUCACAAAGAUGCAUGUCACAUCCCAGAUCCUGGCCUCCAUGAGAAUCCAAGCCUUGCUAUAGGUACUGGUUCUGUCCAAGUCUUGGAUCUGCACCCAACUCCACAGCCAACACCGUGUCUGAUGAAAUGUGAGACCACUCUUGAGAAAGUGAGUGCCGAGCAUCAUGUAUCCUGGGCUUCUGUCCCAAACAACCAAAACUCCUGCCCCGCCAAGGCCCAGCUCAUCUCCACAGACCUGCAGACCUUCUCCGAGGUACCUGUACUAAUUGAGCUGCAGCCGUCCUCCCAGCAGGCAGGCAGCCAAGAUUGGGUAUACCACCCCGUGGACACAGUUCCGUCACCCUGCCAGAACUAUCACCAGGUGUCUGUGCCUCCCAGAGUCAACUGGAGGCCCCACUGCCCUGGACCAGGGACCAGGACAGGGCAUGUAGUCUUUGAUGCUAGAAAGAGACAUUUAGCAGUGGGCAGAGACAAAUGUGAAGCUCUGUCUCCUCGGCCCCUACGCCAAAAGGCACCUCGAAACUCAGAGGAGAACAUCAAAGAGUGGGGUUAUCAGAACGUGAUAAGAACCUCAGGCCAACAGGGGACACAUGUACAUCAGUAAUAAAGAGAAAAGAGAAAUAUUCUGUGGUUUUUUUGAGGACAUCUAUCCCAGACCCAGCCCUCAUCGUGACCAGUGACAGAGUUUGAUGGAGACUAGAAUGGUCAUGUCCCUGUCACUCUUCCACAGAGUCACAGCCUAACUCUGUAUUCUCCAGGACCUAGGCCUGCAUUUACAGAUACAGCAGCCCACUAGCCAAA